UGUUUGCGUUGUGCACGCUACAAACCUCAACUUUUCGAAUCAACUCUCACUUUGUGCAAAGCAGGGUCGACACAAGUUAGGCUACUCUUGAACCUCUGGACGGAUUCAGGAAGAUGGCCAGAAUGAACCAAGACGAAAUUGUACAGAACCUGUCAAGAUUGCUUGCCGUUAUCUGUGUGGUGGUGACUCUCAAGCCUGCCAGCGCCAUUGAUACAGUGAAUGUUGUGGAUUUUUGUGGCCAAACUAUCCAUGGGGAUGGGUUGAUCAUCAACUCGCACCAAGAGUCUAAGAAAUACUACUUUGUCACCAUGGGAACAGACUGCCAAUUGACCAUGCAAGCCAACAUGCUUCAGGACAGGAUACUGUUCCAUUUCCGCUUCUUCCUGGUCUACAGCCUUCUACGGGUAGCACCCCUUAGCCCUUCACCCUUUUCCCCAGAGUCUGCCAGUAAAGCCUCACUUACCCGCCCUGCCUGGUCUAACCAGCAUGUGGAGUCAACUUCUAAGGAUGGCCAGGAGGACCCCUGCUAUGCCGGCUCUUACAUACAGUUCUAUGAUGGCCCUAAUAUGAACUCACCCCCCAUAGGGCUCCCACUUUGUGGAAAGAGUCUACCACGACCUGUACUUUCCACAGGAAAUUACCUGACUUUGAGACUGGUUACGAGGGGCACACAGCCCAGGGUUGAUUUUGUUGGAGACUUCACUUCUUUCAGAUUGGGUUCCAACCAGUCAGAAUGUGGUAAUGAACUCUACUUUAGCUGUUGGAAUGGGAAGUGCAUUCCACUGAGUUUGGUUUGUGACGACAACAAAGACAUUGACAACUGUGGAGACGGCAGUGAUUUAAGAAGUCACCAUGAGGCCAAAUGCACAAGUCAUCAGUCUGUGAAACUGUCUCCACAGUCUCCCCUACCAACUUCAACUAUCCUCACAAAGAAUUGUGGCACACCUGAAAUCCCCAUAAAGACCAGCACAGUUGCAGAGUUCCUUGUGCCCCCUUUGGCUUUGUAUGUGACACUUGGGCUGAUGGUGGGGAUAGUGCUGCUUUGCUGGUGCUGCUGGUCCCCCGGUUGGUUCUUGUGGAGGGUGAGUGUUUGCCGCCUCCUGCCCUGCUGCAACUCCUUUUGUGCAUCAUGCCAGCUCUGUGCCUGCAGCUGCUCUCAGAACAAGGAUCACCGUCUGGCCACAGUCUCACCUCAGAGCUCACUGACUAAUGCUGCCACCAACAACAGCAUUAGUACUACAACUGUAACUGUAUAGCUCUUAAACAGACUCAGAGACCAAAUACGUUUAUCGGAGUCGGAGUUGUGUAUCGGAUGUGUGUACUUAGACUCCUAUAACAGAAAAAGCUGAUAUUAUUACUUAGCUACUUUUUCUGUUGCCUUUUACUGUCAUCAUCUCAUCAUGUUUUAAUAUUACAUUGUAUCCAUAUUUGUAGUCCAUAUUUGAGAUGAUAACCAGUGUGUUGAUAUGGUGUACUGUAAAUCAUGCAUCUGUAAGGCUUACAUCAAUAUCUUUGCUUCAGAUCAUUGAAUUCACAAAAACCUUUUGUUGUAUUUUAUGUAUGUAAACAAAAUGUAACUAAGUCAUGAUUGUUUGACUUUUCUGUAUUCUGGUUAUUACAUGCUAUUCCAACCAAGCAUUUUUGUGAGGAUAAGAACUUGGGUCUGGCUUAGUCAGUCCCCAAUUCAAUCACAA